UAUAAUUUCUAAUUAUUUUAACUUGAAUUCAACAUAUUUUUUCUUAGAGUUUACAAAUUUUUGAAAACGAAUUUGGAAUUAAAAGUAAAUUAAUGAUUGAAUAGAUAAAGAUUGCUACUAUGUGAAUGCAAACAAAAAUAAAUACCAUUGUAAGGUGUGGUACUGCAUGGUACAAUUUUGUAUUCAUACAAGUGAACUCGUGAACGUCGGAUGAAAACGUGUUGGUUGUGGAAGAAGAAAAAACCUUGUUGCAAAAUCAAAAGAUAUAAGGUAUCUCGAUGAUUCAGAUAUGAGGAACGGAAAAAAAGUCAAUGAAAUAAACGGAAAAACCAUGGUUGGAUACAUUAAUGAGGGUAUGCAUGACUCUCAGGGAAACAUUAAUAUUGAUAAAUUCAGCAAUAAUUAUAAAAUUCAAGACUCCACCUACGAACAACGUGCUGACAUUCAAAGUUCUUAUGACCUGAUCUUGACGGAAGAACCAAAUAAUGUUGGUGGAAAACAAAGAACCAACAUCUUGAAGUCAGCUUUCCAGUACACAGUGCAUCGUGUUAAAAAAUCGUGUACGAGGAAAACUUUACAUAGGAGGCUGCCAAUUUUUCAAUGGCUGCCGAAGUAUAACGGAGAUGAUGCUCUUGGUGAUAUUGUUGCUGGUAUCACUGUUGGACUCACUGUCAUUCCACAGUCUUUAGCUUAUGCUAAUGUCGCUGGACUACCUCCUCAAUAUGGAUUAUAUGGUAGCUUCUUAGGGUGUUUUCUUUAUAUAUUUUUUGGAUCUUGCAAAGAUAUUCCUUUCGGACCGAGUGCCAUAGUAUCAUUGUUAACAUUCCAAACAGUAGGCCACUUAGAUUCGCCAGUUCCACACGCUAUUUUGUUGUGUUUUUUAUGUGGAAUUAUACAAUUAUUCAUGGGAAUCUUUGGUCUAGGUUUCCUUAUCGACUUCGUAUCAGGUCCUGUAAGUUCAGGGUUCACAUCUGCAGUAGCUUUAGUCAUUGUAACAUCCCAAAUUAAAGAUAUUCUUGGAAUUCCUGUCGUAGGAUCGUCAUUUGUGAACAUUUGGCAAAGUAUUUUUACAGAAAUUCAUAAAACGAGGCUUUCAGAUACAGUUUUAGGAUUUUCUUGCAUUACAUUGUUGCUGCUUCUCAGAGCAAUUACAAACAUCAGAAUUGGCCCUGCCGAAGAAGAACAACGAAAUACCAAACAUAAAGUGUUCACCAAAAUGAUUUGGCUUAUUGGAACAUCUAGAAAUGCUGUGAUGGUUGUACUCUGUGGAGUACUAGGAUAUAGUUUUACUUCAAGCCCAUUCAAAUUAAUAGGCUAUUUACCUGGUGGGUUGCCAAGUGUUCAAAUACCACCUUUUGGAUUCACAAAAGAGGAUAAUUCAACAGUUACAUUUGUUGAAAUGUGUUCAAAUUUAGGCAGUGGAAUUCUCAUUUUGCCACUAAUUGCUUUAAUGGAGGAUGUAGCAGUUUGUAAAGCUUUUAGUAAUGGAAAAUCUAUUGAUGCUACACAAGAGUUGAUAGCAAUUGGAAUAUCGAAUAUCGGUUGUUCCUUUGUUCAAGCUUUUCCUGGUACUGGCUCACUUAGUAGAAGUGCUGUUAAUAACGCUUCUGGAGUGAGAACUCCACUUGGUGGACUUUAUACUGGUAUUCUGGUUAUUGUCGCUCUUUUAUUUCUCACACCUUAUUUCUUCUACAUACCAAAAGCAUGUUUAGCAGCAAUUAUAAUAUCUGCAGUCAUUUUUAUGGUCGAAGUGAAGGUGAUAAAACCCAUGUGGCGAACAAAAAAAUCUGACCUGAUACCAGGCGUAGCAACAUUUAUUGCGUGUCUAGUUUUACAAUUAGAAGUUGGAAUUCUACUUGGGAUAGGUCUAAAUAUUUUAUUCAUCCUCUAUCACGCUGCGAGACCAAAAAUCUCGCUAGAAAAACUUCAGAGCUGCUGUGGUGUAGAGUAUCUCAUGUUAACACCAGAUCGUUGUCUAAUUUUCCCAUCAGUCGACUAUGUAAGAAAUCUAGUAACAAAGUACAGUCGUUGCACCGGAAAUACAUUGACCCCUGUUGUAAUUGACUGUUCACACAUUUAUGGAGCUGAUUAUACAGCAGCUACAGUAGUGGAAAGCCUGUCAAGAGAUUUUGCAUUACGUGGUCAGCCACUAUUUUUUUACAACCUGAAACCUUCAGUCUAUGCUGUCUUUGAAGGUGUUGAACCUGCUGAUCUUAUUGUUUAUUAUACACAAGAUGCUCUAGAUGAUCUUUUGAGAGAAAGAGGAUACUUGAAGCAAGACAAACCAAAUCCUUCACCAGCGUAGUCUUUACAACUUAAAAAUAUAAGUUAAUUUAUUAGUACGACAAUAAUAUUUAUUUUUUUUAUUGAAAAAAAUCGCUAGAUAGUUCAAAACUAUUUUUAAUGUUAAGACAUAAGAAGACGCAUUUAUGUGGAUGUUGAAAUUUGUUGAAAAAUUUUUCUGCAUAAAGUAGAAUGUCCAUAGGUCUGUCAUAUCGGUUAAUUGUUCGAACUCAAGAUAGAAAUAUUGAUAAGUCAUAGAUAAAAUCAAUAAUAGCGAUUAUGAUGAUUGACUUUGUUGUGAAUUUAUCGUCAAUAUAAUUCAUAUAAUUAAUUAAUGACAAUGAUACAAUGUAUAUGCAAAUUCUUACGUUAAAGAGUUGAAAAAUUUACGAAAACAUAUUUAUAAUCGUUUCUGCAUGAUCCAUUACGUCCAUAAUUAAUUUAUGUAAUGUUAGGAUGUUUAUAAUCCGAUAAGCAUUUUUGAAGAGAAUUUUAUGUGAACCUUUGCACUAUGUUAUGAAUCUAUUAUAAUUUCAUAAAAAUGAUAGAUUUACUUAUGCUAGAUAGUUUAAUAGUUUAACUAAUUGAUUUAUUUAAAAAUAUAUUAGAAAAAUUUUUAAGUUCAUUAUAAAAUGUAGUAUUAACAGUAUUUUACAUGUAUCUGAAUGUUCAAUUUGGAAAACACUGUGAUAAUUUUAUAAUAAAA